CUUGCUCGACUAUCGUGAGAUGAGAGUAGACACGAUGUACACACGACUGAUCAGUAUGAAUAUCAUUCCCUAUCAUUAAUUGAUCGACAGUUUGCUAAGUGGCUUAUUUCCGUGACACAUUUAGCGAAACCCCAACAAACCGUUUAUUGCCUCAAAUCUCGUGAAUACCCACAUUUGUAAGCGAACACUCGAUCGUGCGAGAUGAGCGGCAGUGAGAGCGACUCUCAGCUGUCUGGCAGCGUCGAGUCGAUGAACGACGCGAAAGGAGCGGGCAAACGAAAGGCGAAGAGAGCACAGAGACGAGGCAGCUACGGCAGUGCGACGGCCGGCGGCAGCAGCAACUUUCCGUCAUCCGCCAACGACCGCGAGCGAGAUCGGAUGCACUCGAUCAAUGAGGCAUUCAAGUGUCUCAAAGAGUCACUGCCGUUUAUUCCGCCCGAUACGAAACUGUCGAAAAUCCGAACACUGCGGUAUGCGAUCAGCUAUAUAUCGCAUCUCAGUUGGGAACUAGGCAUUGCAAUGGACGGAUCCGAUGUAGCAAGGCAUGCCGUCGACUGGCAGUAUGGAUUCAGUAUUCCGACGCCUGUUACUAGCCAGUAUGCGUAUCCGUCGCACAAUGGGAGCUACACGAACGCAGUCGCUCAAGAUCCGCGUCAGAAUCACGAGCAGCAGCCGUUCACGUUACAGACUGAUUUUCAGACUCUGCAGCAGCAGGCAGCGUGUAUGAGACAACUACAGGCAGUCGACUAUGUACAUACACAUAUGAAAUAGCUAGUAGAUGCACGCGUAGAGAUGCAAAGGUUUUAGGUAAAGCAGAAUAACGACGGGAAGUCUUCUAAUUCGCUUGUUUAUGGAACUGUUUAUA